UAGAAAUCGUAGCUAUUACUGAAGUUGAAAACACAAAGAAAAACAAAGUAUUUAUUUUUAAAAAAAACAAAAUAAAAACGGAAGAGAAUGAAACGGAAGUUUGCAAUGAAUUUUAAAUAGAGUCAAGCUGAAACCGAAAUAAUAUUUAAUUUUAAUUUAAGAAAACUCAAACUAAAAUUAAAGUUUGAAACAUAAAAUUUCCAAAUAUUGAAAACAAAUCAAUCAAAUUUUAAGUGUUUAAUGAGUUUAAACAAAAAAAAAUAAAAAAAAAGUUUUAAAGAAGAUAUUUUUUAUUGUUAAAUUAACAAUCGCAAGAUCUUAACAAAACAUUCAACCAAACAAAAGCGGUUUUAACCAGAUACCUCAAUUUAACUUUGAUGAAAUUUUUAUUUUUUUGGGAGAAACCUUGAUUGCGGAUACUUAUAAAAAAAACAUAAUUAUAAAAAACCACCAAAAAUCUUAAAAAACAAAAAGACUUUAAGGAAUCACCUUAAUUAGUCUCUCUCACACACACAGAUCAUGACAACACCCCACGAGAAUCCCGCCUUUGUUGGAGAUGAUGGCCGUGGAGGCAUAAGCAAAAAUAAUGUCGAAGUGGGACGCUCUGUAAGCACAGAUAAUAAUGAUCCACUACCUAAAGAUAAAUCCAUGCCAGAACGUGAUACCUGGGGCAAAGGUAUUGAAUUUCUACUCUCCUGCAUAGCCAUGUCCGUGGGUCUGGGUAAUGUGUGGCGUUUUCCCUUUACUGCUCUCGAUAAUGGUGGAGGAGCGUUUUUAAUACCCUAUUUAGUGGUGCUGUUUCUAGUAGGUAAACCUAUUUACUAUUUGGAAAUGAUUAUAGGACAGUUUUCCAGCCGUGGAUCUGUCAAGGUAUUCGAUUUAUGUCCAGCCAUGAGAGGUGUUGGCAUUGGUCAAAUUGUUUCCAUUUCCAUGGUCACCACUUAUUAUGUGGCCAUUAUGGGCAUGACAGUUCGCUAUUUAUUCGAAUCUUUUAAAUCACCCCUACCCUGGACCCAGUGUAGUGAUUCAUGGAAUGCUGUUUGUGUUGCAUCUGCUGAGGUUAAUACUGCUGAUUUUUUGUAUAGUGCCAGCAAUAAUUUGUCCUCCACUGUUUCCCCCAUUACCCUAACGAAUGUGUCAUCUGUCCUAAUGAAUAAUGUCACAAGUCUAAGUAGUAUACAACCUAAAUCUUCAGCAGAAUUGUAUUUUAUCAAUGAGGUGUUGCGUGAGAAGCAGAAUAUAAAUGAUGGCAUUGGUUUGCCCAACUGGGAGUUGGUUUUGGGUCUGUUCGUCUCUUGGCUGUUUGUGUUUGCCAUUAUCAGUCGGGGCGUCAAGAGUUCCGGUAAAGCUUCUUAUUUCUUGGCCAUAUUUCCUUAUGUUAUUAUGCUGGUGCUGUUGAUAAGAGCGGUUACACUGCCCGGUUCCAUAGAUGGUAUUAUUUAUUUCAUUAAACCGGAUUGGAGUAAAAUUUUGGAUCCUAAGGUCUGGUAUGCUGCUGUAACCCAAUGCUUCUACUCCUUGUCCGUGUGUUUUGGCAACAUCAUUAUGUAUGCUUCCUACAAUAAAUUCGGUCAUAAUGUGCAUAGAGAUGCUACUAUUGUUACUGGUUUAGAUACUUGCACUUCCCUGUUGGCUGGCUUUACGAUUUUUGGUAUUUUGGGUCAUUUGGCUCAUGAAAUUGGUACCGAUGACAUUGGCAGUGUGGUGAAAGGUGGCGCAGGUUUGGCUUUCAUCUCUUAUCCCGAUGCUAUUGCCAAGUUUAAGCAGUUGCCUCAAAUAUUUUCGGUACUAUUCUUCUUGAUGUUGUUUGUGUUGGGUAUUGGUUCGAAUAUUGCCAUGACUUCGUGUACCGUUACUGCCAUCAGAGAUAAUUUCCCCAAGGCCAAGCAAUGGCAAUGCGCUUUGGGUAUUGCAGUGGUUAGUUUUGCCAUAGGUCUGGCUUAUGUGACACCUGGAGGCCAAUUUAUUUUGACUUUGGUGGACUAUUUUGGAGCUUCCAUGAUUGCUUUAGUUUUGGGCAUUGCUGAGUUGUACGCUUUGGGUUGGAUUUAUGGUGUGGAUCGUUUGUGCAAAGAUGCUGAAUUUAUGAUGGGACGCAAAGUUGGUCCUUACUGGCGUUGGUGUUGGGCUGUUGUUACCCCCUUGAUAAUGACUGUGAUAUUGAUUUAUUUCCUGUCCACUUACACACCUUUAACUUAUAAUGGCGUUCAAUAUCCCGAUUGGGCUUAUGCUAUUGGCUGGACCAUCACCUGCUUUGGUGUUUUACAAAUACCCAUCUGGAUUGUAGUGGCUGCGAUACGUGCACCCGGCUCCACCUGGGGUGAAAAAUUACGCAACUCCUUUAAACCCAAACAUGACUGGGGACCCACCGAUCCUUUGCUAAGAGAGCAAUACAAUAAAGAAAUUGACAAUGAAUCAAUAGCUAAUCAAGGUUUAGGUUGCUGGGGUUCCAUAAAGAAAAACAUAUUUGGCUAAUUUUAUAUUAUAAAAUCAGCCUUAAAGUAUUACUUACUAACUAAAAAAGGACAAACUAAUUAGUAUAAUUAAAUUAAGCUAAAAGUGAUUUAAGUUAUUAAAAACUUGCCAAAUGUUAAUAGAAAAAAAGCAAAUAUUUUUUUAAACAUAUCUGUACUUACUACAUAGAUAAGAAUAUAAACUGUAAUGUAUUGUUGUAUAAAAAAUAGCUUUAAUUUAUUAUAAAAAAGUGUAUAUAAGAUAUUUUUAAUAAUAAUAAAAAAAACAAGAUUUUUUAAACAA